AUUUCUUCAACACAAGAAGAUGAUGAUAUGGGGUUGUACAUGUCGAGAUUGUCAAUUGAAGGAGAUUAAAAGCAACAGGAAAACGAAAGAUGGUGUGGUGGUGAUCACCAGGCCAAAAGGAGGGAGGAGGUCCAUGUGUAUGGACAUGGAGGUAGUGAAGGCGUGUAGGGAUCUGGGGUUCGAGUUGGAACAUGAGCGUGUGUUGGAGAUGCCGCCGAGUCGUUUUUCCUCUCUUGAUAAUGGCAUUUCUCCCACUGCCAGUUGGCUUUUCUCUGGUCCUGGUGAUGAUCCGAGAGAUGUGAAGGCUCGGCUCAAGGUGUGGGCACAAGCAGUGGCACUUGCAUCCACAUCUAUGCAUUGCACCUGACCAGCUUAGCUUCUCUCAACUAAUCCUCAUCGACUAGUAUUUUUUGCUUCAGUUUU